UGGAACAAGAAAUUCCCAUAGAGCCUCCGAGUGCAACUACUACUACCACAAUUGGAAUCUCUGCUACGUCUGCCACCUUCACAAAUGUAUUUGGGAAAAAAAGAGCCAAUGUAGUGACAACCCCCAGCACUAAUCGGAAAAAUAAGAAGAAUAAGACAAAAGAGCCCCCUCCCACAGCACAUUUAAUUUUAUCUGAACCAAAUAUAUCUUUAGCACAACAAAAAGCAGAUAAAAAUAAAAUAAAUGGAGAACCCAGAGGUGGUGGUACAGGUGGGAACAGUGAUUCGGAUAACUUAGAUAGCACAGACUGCAACAGUGAGAGUAGUAGUGGUGGUAAGAGCCAAGAAUUAAAUUUCACCUUGGAUGUGAAUUCCACCAAUGACAGGAGGUGCCCCACAGUUCUCAAUUCUCAAGAAGAAAAGACAGUUACUGCCACUUCCAAGACUCAGACACGCCUUGAAGGUGAAACAAAUGCAAAUUCCACAUCAACAAGCUACAAGUCAUUGCCAUUAAGUUCUCCAACCAUGAAGCUGAAUCUCACUAGUCCUAAAAGGUGUCAAAAGAGAGAAGAAGGGUGGAAAGAAGUUGUUAGAAGGUCAAAGAAAUUGUCUGUUCCAGCCUCAGUGGUAUCCAGAAUAAUGGGAAGAGGAGGAUGCAACAUUACAGCAAUACAAGAUGUUACUGGUGCCCAUAUUGAUGUAGAUAAACAAAAAGAUAAGAAUGGAGAGAGAAUGAUUACAAUAAGGGGUGGUACAGAAUCAACAAGGCACGCAGUUCAACUUAUCAACGCACUUAUUCAAGAUCCUGCAAAGGAACUAGAAGAUUUGAUUCCUAAAAACCAUAUCAGGACACCUGCCAGCACCAAGUCCAUUCAUACAAACUUCUCAUCUGGAGUAGGCACCACAACAACUUCCAGCAAGAAUGCAUUUCCCUUGGGUGCUCCAGCUCUUGUAACAUCACAGGCAACAACAUUAUCUACGUUCCCACCCACUAAUAAACUUAGUAAGAAUGUGCCAACAAAUGUACGAUCUCCUUUCCCAGUGUCGCUUCCCUUAGCUUAUCCUCAUCCUCAUUUGGCUCUGCUGGCUGCUCAAACUAUGCAACAGAUUCGGCAUCCUCGCCUACCCAUGGCCCAGUUUGGAGGAACCUUCUCACCUUCACCUAACACCUGGGGACCAUUCCCAGUGAGACCUGUGAAUCCUGGCAAUGCAAAUAGUUCUCCAAAGCAUAGUAGUAAUACAGCCCGUCUACCUAACCAGAAUGGACCUGUUUUACCAUCUGAAUCUCCUGGACUAGCUACUGCCGGUUGUCCUAUCACUGUCUCUUCUGUAGCUGCUGCCAGUCAGCAGCUAUGUAUGACUAAUACCCGGACUCCUUCCUCAGUCAGAAAGCAGUUGUUUGCUUGUGCACCUAAGACCAGUCCUCCAGCAACAGUGAUUUCCUCUGUGACAAGCACUAGUAGUUCCUUGCCUUCUGUCUCCUCCAUAUCUACCACUAGUGGACAAGUUACCACCACAUUUAUGCCUACAACUACUCCUCAAGUACAACUUUCUUCACAAAAAGUAGACUCUUUUUCUGUCAUACCUCCUCCCAAAGAGAAAGUGUCCACACAAGACCAGCCCUUGACAAAUCUAUGUACACCAUCUCCAACUGCAAACAGUUGUAAUAGCUCUGCCAGCAACACCUCAGGAGCUUCAGAAACUCGCCCAUCCAGUAGUUCUACUCCCCCCUCCAGUAAUACACAAGAAGAGGGACAGCCAUCCAAUGUGUCUGAUUUAAAUCCUGUGUCAAUGCCUUUUGCCUCUACUGCAGAACCUGCUCCAUUGACUUUGGCAUCACCCAGAUUGGUUGCUGCUGAUAAUCAGGACACUGGCAAUUUACCUCAGUUAGCUGUACCAGCACCUCGAGUUUCUCAUCGAAUGCAGCCCAGAGGUUCUUUUUACUCAGUGGUACCAAAUGCAACUAUACACCAGGAUCCCCAGUCAAUUUUUGUUACCAAUCCAGUUUCUUUAACACCACCUCAAGGCCCACCAGCUGCAGUGCAGCUUUCAUCAGCUGUGAACAUUAUGAGUGGUUCUCAGAUGCACAUAAACCCAGCAAACAAGUCUUUGCAGCCUACAUUUGGCCCAGCCACACUUUUUAAUCACUUCAGUAGUCUUUUUGAGAGCAGUCAGGUGCCAGCUAACCAAGGGUGGGGAGAUGGUCCACUACCUUCGAGAGUUGCUGCAGAUGCCUCUUUCACCGUUCAGUCAGCUUUCCUGAGUAAUUCUGUACUUGGACACUUGGAAAAUGUGCACCCUGACAACUCCAAGGCACCUGGCUUCAGACCACCUUCACAGAGAGUUUCUACUAGUCCAGUUG